GCAAGCUGGUCCAAACCCAGGGCUUUCACUCUCCUGCUUGGUUGUAUCUACCCCAGAGGAUGUGUCUGGUCGUGGCUCAGAUGUGCAGGUGGUGACAGGAUCCACACAGCCAAGACAGGCAGACCACACCAAACUCAGCCAGGGGAAGAUCAAGCUUGGAAAGCAACCAUGAGUACAAGAAGUCUUUUCAUAGACACCGCCAUGAAGCUGGUGACCUCCCCAGAUGGCAGACUAUUUGUUGAGCAUGUCACUGAUUUUCUUGUGGACCAACUGGGCCCAGAGUAUGCCAGCCUCCUGGUGACUGAAGACCAAAUCUGGGAGGUGUUUGUGGCUGCGGCUGGACUGUCCAGGGAUGAAGAAGAUGAGCUACGAGAAGCUCUGAGGAAGCUUCCAGAAUCCAUGGCCAUGGACAACAAAGACAGGCUCCAGAAAGACCUGAAGGAUAUGAAGAUCUUUGCGGGGAGGUUUCCUCAGGUGAAAUCAGAAGUUGAGGGGUGCAUCAGGAGGCUCCGGGCCCUUGCAGAGGAGGUCAGCAAGGUGCACAAGGACUGCACCAUCUCCAGCAUUGUGGCCAACUUCACAGCUGUUGCCUCUGGACUCAUGACCCUCAGUGGUCUUGCUCUGGCACCUUUCACAGCAGGACUCAGUCUGGGGCUGUCUCUGGGUGGGAUAGGGCUGGGAGCAGCAGCUUCGGUGACCAGUGCUGCCACCAGCACUGUGGAAGCAACAAAUAUAUUAUCCGUCAGAGAUGAAGCCAGCAACCUGGUGUCAGUCAGCCUGGAGACACUGAAUGAUUAUUUAGUGGCUGCGGCUAAGACCACACCUAAAGUUGUAUUGGCAUCUGAUGAGUUUCUCCAGAGCCUGACAAAGCUGGGGAAACAUGUCCGUGCCUUCAGACAGGCCAGAGCCAACCCUCAGGUACUGCGACAGGCGAGGGGCCUAACGAACACUUGGAGAUCUUCGAGAGGCUUUGAGAGUGUGGAGAGAGCCUCUGGGGGCACUGCACAGGUGAUGACCAGAGGAGCCCGAAUCUUGGGGGCCGUCACCACAGGUGUCUUGCUUGGGAUGGAUGUGACCAGCCUCGUGCAAGAUUCACAGCAUUUGUCUAAGGGGGCAGAGUUAGAGUUGGCCAAAGAGCUGCGCCGGGUGGCCCAGGAGCUGGAGAGCAAGUUGGAGUUCCUUGUCAAGGUCCAGGACCAGCUCAGUGGCAUGAUCCCACCUUCCUGAGCAGCCCAGAGGUCAAGGGAGAAGUGCAGGGCAGAGGUAUGGGCGAAUACAGGCACCGUGUUAGAGGGAGAAUGGGAGUAAGACGGGUCUAUGGGAUGAGGUGGAAAGGAGUUGGACAACACGGGGGCUGAGCACAGUGAAGGGAGUGCAGCUAGCAAGUGGGUGGAAGAGAGCCUGGAGCCUAAGAUGGGGACAAAAUAGGCCCCAAGAGCAUGGGGAACAGGAGGAAUGGUUUACUGGGGAUGGAAGAACACACAGGAGCAUGGAUAGAUGGAGGAUUCAUAGGAAUAGCCAUGAAAAGAAGGUCAGGAAAUUGAAGAGCUGAAAGGAGAGAAAGUCAAGAGUUAGAAUUGCUAGAAUAAGCUGGGCACCGGUAGCUCACGCCUGUC